GGCGGGCAGGCCGAGGGGCGGGCGGAGGGUCGGGCUCUCCCGUUGCCAGGUGAGGUGCAACGUCUCCGCCUCCCCUCUGUAAGGGCGCAGCAGCGCGGAGCGCAGGCAGGCGGGCGGGCGGGCGAGCGGGCAGGCGGCUCGGCUCGGCUCGGCUCGGCCCCGCACGGAGUGGAGCGCCCCAGGCCCGCCGCCCCCCGCUAUGGCGAAGGCGGGCAGGAAGGGAUGCAGCUGCCCGGGCUUCCUGAGGAAGAACUGGCUCCUGCUCAGCACCGUGGCUGCCGUGCUGAUGGGUAUUGGAGUCGGCAUGCUGGUACGGGAAUAUGGCAAACUCUCUAACUUGGAUAAAUUCUACUUUUCCUUUCCUGGGGAAGUGCUGAUGAGAAUGCUCAAACUCAUCAUUCUGCCAUUAAUCAUAUCAAGUAUGAUCACAGGUGUCGCUGCUUUGGAUUCCAGCGUUUCUGGGAAGAUUGGUUUGCGCGCAGUCAUAUAUUAUUUCUGCACUACAGUCAUUGCUGUAAUACUAGGGAUUGUCUUAGUUGUGACCAUUAAACCUGGAGUGCCUCAAACAGCAAAUGAGAUCGACAGAGUGGGCAGUACCCCAGAAGUCAGUACUGUUGAUGCCAUGCUGGAUCUGAUCAGGAAUAUGUUCCCAGAAAACCUUGUCCAGGCCUGUUUUCAACAGUAUAAAACCAAACGUGAGAAAGUUGAACCUACAACUGGCGUGGAUAAAAAUAGCUCCACAUUUACAGAAGAACCUGUUACAACUGCUGCGACAGCAGAGGCUUCAGAGAACAAAACCCAAGAAUACAAAAUCGUGGGCAUGUAUUCUGAUGGCAUCAAUGUGCUGGGGUUGAUCGUCUUUUGUCUUGUUUUUGGAAUGGUUAUUGGGAAAAUGGGAGAGAAAGGACAAGUGCUGGUGGAUUUUUUCAAUGCACUGAACGAAGCUACAAUGAGAAUAGUUCAGAUAAUUAUGUGGUAUAUGCCAAUUGGUAUCGUGUUUUUAAUUGCUGGGAAGAUAAUAGAAGUUGAGGACUGGGAAAUCUUUCGUAAACUGGGCCUUUAUAUGGCUACAGUACUGAGUGGACUUGCAAUCCAUUCCACUAUAAUUCUGCCACUGAUCUACUUAAUAAUAGUAAGGAAAAAUCCUUUUCGGUUUGCCAUGGGUAUGGCUCAGGCACUUCUGACAGCCCUCAUGAUUUCUUCCAGUUCAGCAACUUUGCCUGUCACCUUCCGCUGUGCGGAAGAAAAAAACUUCAUCGACAAAAGAAUUACCAGGUUCGUUCUUCCAGUUGGAGCUACCAUCAACAUGGAUGGCACAGCUCUUUACGAAGCAGUAGCAGCUGUAUUUAUUGCACAGUUGAAUGACUUAGAACUGGAUAUUGGCCAAAUAGUUACCAUUAGUGUCACAGCUACAGCAGCCAGCAUCGGGGCUGCAGGUGUCCCCCAAGCCGGACUCGUCACCAUGGUGAUUGUACUGAGCGCUGUUGGCCUGCCUGCCGAGGAUGUUACUCUGAUCAUUGCAGUUGACUGGCUUCUGGAUCGAUUCAGAACAAUGGUGAAUGUCUUGGGAGAUGCCUUUGGUACAGGGAUAGUGGAGAAGCUCUCUAAAAAGGAGCUGGAGCAGAUGGAUGUCACCUCUGAAGUCAACAUAGUCAAUCCUUUUGCCUUGGAAACAACAAUACUUGAUAAUGAUGAAACAGAGACCAAGAAAUCGUAUGUCAAUGGAGGCUUUGCUGUGGAUAAGUCUGACACCAUAUCCUUCACGCAGACAUCUCAGUUCUAAAGCCAGUAGCUUUCAGGUAGAACAGGAACACUAAAGGACAUGGCCAUAUGCAAUAUCUCAAAAAGCUUAAAGGAUAAUUGAGAAUGAAUUGCAUCUCACAUGCAUUUGAUUUAUUACACAGACUCUGAUUCUCCUUACAAGUUCUGCCCCCUUCUCAUCACCUCUCCCAACAAUUUGAACUCACCACUUUUAGUCCUUGCUGAUAAGUUGAAGAAAAAGACAGUUGUAAAAUACUUUUUUUUUUUUUUUUAAGAAUAUACACUAUUGCUGAGGCUAUCAAUUGCCUCUUUGGAAUCAGCAUGCUCAUAAAUGGGUAUCUUCACUGGAACAGCCAAACAUGUUUUACUCAGGAGUAGCACAGCAGUUCACAUCUUACCCACAUUACAAAGCACCUGUAUGAAAUCCCUUUUAACAUCCUUGCCUUCUGAACAGAUUGCACUGUACUUGACACCUACUGUAACUUGAUCAUGUGCCAAAAUACUCAUUUCUGCAGCUGAGAGGAUACCACUUGGGUGAUUCAGGAGGGAAGAGACCAGAAAGGCAUUGUAAUAAGUGUUUUACUGUGAACAGGGUUUCAUUGUUCUUUAAUUGUGAAAUAAAUGGGCAUGCAAGGAUUUCCAGUGUUUAUGUAGCUAGGUUUCCCCAUGCCUUUCACAUGAAUGCCAUCUGCUGGGAUUGGCCUUCAGAUGUGACGUAGAUUGUUGUGGGUUUGCUCUUCUGGCGUCUGAAGAGGUUUUGUAAAGUGAUGCUUCACUGAUUUAGGUCCACUUUGAUGGCCUCCUAGUACUUCUCCAUCAGAAGCAGAAAUAAGUCUGUUCACUGUUGUUCACCUUUGCCUCUAACCAAAUAUUAAUCAGCCCAAAAGUAGGCAGAGGUCAUGAAGAUGAAAAUAGAUGAUAUAGCAAUGCAUAGUGCAAAUUCUAAACCUUUCCUCCUUGGAAUAAAAACAGGUAUGAUAUCAAGAAUAUAGGAAGCAUACCUUUUUCUAGAAUGAAGCCACUGUCACUACACUUUUUACACAGACUGGUUGGGUUUUUGCUCCUUGGUUUAGUUUGCCAGUUGAACAUGCAAGUUUGUAGCUGCAACACUACUACAGUGCCAACGUGUCAGCUAAACUGUAUCUUAUGAAGCAUUUCUGGACCCAGAAAGUCAUGUCUUCAGGUGGCUUGCUAUAGGAUAACAAGCACCAAGAACUUCCUUGUAAGAAAUCUCCAUUUUCUAAAACAUUUUAUACAAGAUUUCCAUGGUGCAAAAAUCACUCUCUCAAGGGAGGAGUUGCUGUAACAAAUAUUUUUUGCCUUGCACAUUAAAGUUGAUGAUAGCCAUUUUCUAUGUAAAGUAAACUGAAAUUCAUAUACAGUUCUUUGUUUGUAAAUAAGCUUGUGGUAAACCUAAAAUUGCACUCAUGCUAACAAAAAACCCUUCAAGUUUCUGCAGUGUUAUAUACUCAAUUAAAUCCUACACUUUUGUAUUUAAAUAAACCAGAAGCGUGCCAAAGAGAACUGAUUAAGAGAAGAACAUAUUUACUGUAGGUUUUGAUAAAUUGCACCUUAAGUCAACAAGUCAAUGAGACAUAAUACUGUAUUUAAAUUAAACAUUGUAAACUAUAUGGAAGUGUUAAUCUAAGUAUUGGUAUGUUUAUACAAAAUAAAGAAAAUGCACAGAUUGAGUAAAUCAAUCUUUUACCUGUGCAGAAAUAGUAUGAGACAGUCUUUAUUCGUACAGCUUUGCUUAUGGGAGGGAAAAAAACACCAGUUUCCACAACUAGCCUAUAAUCUAUGCUUUGUCUUUUCUUUGCUUUAAGUCACCCUUUUAUGAUCAUCCCAUUAUGUAGUCGGCCUGUUAUGAUGUACUGUGAACAGUGUUCCUAAUGUGUUUUAAAUAAAUAAUUUCUCUCUUUA